AUGGGUGGCAAGAAAAAAUCCCUUGCGAAUCGUUUAGCGCGAAUGAGCGAUGAAGAACGGGCGAGGUAUCUUCAACACAAAGCUGACAUUGAAGAAGAAGCACGGAGACGCAAAGAGCAACUCAUUGCGAUUUUCAUGAAGCACAAAAUCAAACGCGAAGAUGGCUUCUCGCGUCUCAAUUUGGCCAAAAUCAACCAACACUGGCACCAGAUUUUGCGUUUGAAUAAAUGCAAAGAAAUGAGAGAGGAUGUUGAGCACAUGAAAAAGUUUAUGGACCGGACUUUGGAGUACAAAAAUCGGACAAUUAUGAAACUUUUAGAGGAGUUGGAGAUGGCUGAAGAACAGUACAGUCAUAACUUCCAGUCACAUGUGACUCACAUCGACCAAAUAAUCGUUUCACAUGAGAGAUAUAUGGCCGUGAUGGAGGAGGAGUAUCAGAAGGAUCUCGAGGAGUUGUUGGCCACAAGUGGCAAAGAACACGACGAAAUCGUCCAAAAUAGCAUUGCAAGACUUGAGCACCUCCAAACAGUCAUUUUCGGCCAAAAUUCUCAAGCCAAAGACGCGGCCAAAGCCGAUUUCGAGCGCUACUUGAAGAAGAAAGAAGAACUAACAAGCACAUUCCGCAUCGAAUUGGCCUCUUACAAAAAGCGUCGCGAGGCCCAUGGCGCCGCCCUCUGGGGCCAAAUAGCCGCAGCAAUAAAGUCCUACGUUGCCCAAACGGACGCAAGACGUCUGCAUCUUGCAGAAUUGAAACGUUUAGACGCCGAGAGCGCUGCAGAGAUCGCCCUCAACCAGGAGCGCAUAACACUCCAAGAGGUAAAUCGGACAAAACCUCGACAAAUUUCCGGAUCCCUCUUACAGGAAGAAAUCAAAAGUCUGACUCAACACUUUGAAAAUCUCACCACAAGACGCACCGAACACAUCGCCGGUCUCAAAUCGAGCAUCAAAGAAAAAACGGCGAGUUUUUUCGCCGUGAGACAGCAAUUCCGCAAAGAUGUGGCCAAAGAUGAGCAACAAUUACGCUUCCUGACACGCAUUUCGAAUAAAAGUAUCGAAUUUUUGCAACGAAUUCAACUUCGAGGGUCGCAAAUUGUUAAUCUAGCGACGACUUGUCGGAAAUUUGAAACAGAGCGGGAGAAAAUCAUCAAAUGGGUGCCCCAAGAGCCUCUGGAUUUGAGUAUUGAUGAGGAGGAGGAAGAGGAGAUGAGACGGAGGUCUUCGGCGAAAAGUGCCCCUGAAGAGGUGAAAAAAGUCGUGAUUUCGGUCAAGUCGCCCCAAAGUUCGCCCUUUCACGAGGACAUUGUCGAGAAGGAGUUUGCGUUGUUGGACUGCAUGGAGAAGUUUUGGGUUGUUUACAACAGGGUUGAAUUAGAGUUUCAAGGGAUGAAAGAAGAGAAAAAAAAAUUGCAAAGUCAGAAUAAGCAUAUAAGAGGGAUGAUUAGAGCGGUUUUGGAAGCAGUAGCCUUGGACCAAACUCCAGCGAGUAAAGUGCCAACAAGAGCUGUUUCAAAGACUCGGGGGGCCAAAUCAGCACCCCUGAGAAGAAUUUUGGUCUAG